UCGCUAGGUGUGCUCCCGCACUGCUGGCUGGAUCAGCUGCCGCCAAACCUUACGUCCCCAGGAAGAGCACUAUCCCUUCAGCGAUCUUCAUGCCUGUAAGAAGAACAUUCGUGAAUGGGAGGGGCGCACACCAUGGAGUUCCAGCAUACGAGUUGAGUGAAUAGAAAAAAAGAUGUAGGUGUCCUGAGCAACCGCAUCAUGAUGAUAAGAUGCGAUAGAGGAACCACGCCAGGCCUGACCUGAGACUAAGUGACCUACCCUUGCCCCUGCUGACAUGACCUCCGUAAAGCAGCUCAGCAUAUCGGAGCACAAAGAGAUGAACAGGAACAGAUCACAAAGCCAGCCCGCAAUUUCCCAUGCCCGCUCCAAGGUCGGACAUGCCCCCCGCAGCCCUGUCAGUCUGAGCAGCCGCCGGCCCCGUAAAGACUGGACGAUCGACGGCAUAACCACCAGGAGACGCCACUCAGCCCACCCUCAUCAGGCCCGUGUAGGUCAGCGUGGGGCCUCAGCUACGUCCUCAUACUCCGCAAGAACUGUUGAGGCUUUCACGCCCGCCUCCCGAAUGAGGGGCACGCAGGUUGGCGGGCCCCCAAAGGUAGGAGUGUUUCGGCCACGCCCGUCACCACCCACAACCUUCAAGAGAAUGUAUGAGAGGGGAGAUGUGCCGGUCACCCUCCAUCACGACCACCACGGCCACGCUCUGCGCUGGAAGGUUGACGUAGAGAAAUUGGACUAUCACCACUACCUCCCACUCUUCUUCGACGGCCUGCGAGAGACGACUCACCCGUAUGACUUCUUCAGCAGAGCGGGCAUUCGGGACCUGCUGGCUCGUGGAGGUGACAAGAUCCUACCUGUCAUUCCUCAACUCAUCCUUCCCAUCAAAAGCGCUCUCAACACCAGGGACGUGCGGGUGAUCUGCACGGUUCUGAAAGUACUGCAGGAGCUGGUGAUGUCGGCGCCUUUGGUGGGGGAGUCCCUCGUGCCCUACUACAGGCAGAUCCUUCCUACCCUCAACCUCUUCAAGCAUAAGAAUGUAAACUCUGGGGAUGAGAUUGACUACUCGCAACAACGGCGGGAGAACCUAGGCGACCUCAUCCAGGAGACACUGGAAAUAUUGGAGCGGCAUGGGGGCAGGGACGCGUACAUCAACAUCAAGUACAUGGUGCCGACUUACCAGUCCUGCGUCAUGAACUAAGGAAAAACGACAAAACCCACCCACUUCCUCAUAUUCUGUCCAUAAAAUCGUAUUUCCUCCAAAAUCCACUUCUACCACUUGAACAUUGAACAUCUGCUGCAGACGUUUCCCCUUUGUUAGGUAAGACAGUAGAGGAUGCUCCUAUUCACUUUGACUUUUCUGUCUAUCAAAGGUAGGUACGUUUCCUUCAACAUUUUUGACUGGCUGUGAAAUGCCAGAAAUUUUACUCUUAUCUACACUCCCACACGACCAUCGCGUGUAACGAAACACACGAGAAAUUAAUCCGGACAAGGAAAGGUUUGCCGGCGCCGGGGAUCGAACCCGCGACCAGCGUAACGGGAGAGCCACUCCUUUACCAGUCGGCCAAAGAGGAACCCCACUGGCUAACUGGGCUAUGUGAGGCUCGCCCAUCAGGCAAGUCAGCACUACACGUCUCCCCAUUCCCAUUUAGAUUAAUUUCUGUGUGUUGAGUUCCCAUUUUCUAUGAACUUCGGAGAACAUGGGCCAUCACUCUACCUGUUACCCUCUCGGGGUGACACAACAGAACCACAGGAGAGGAUGCCCACCGCUUAAGCCACCAGUGAAAUGCCAGAAUUUUUCUCUUUUCUUCACUCCCACACGACCAUCGCGUGUAACGAAACAUACGAGAAAUUAAUCCAGACAAGGAAAGGUUUGCCGGCGCCGGGGAUCGAACCCCCGACCAGCGUAACGGGAGAGCCGCUCCUUAUCCAGUCGGCCAAAGAGGUACCCCCAUGGCUAGGUGGGUAAUGGGAGGCUCGCCCAUCAGGCAAGUCAGCACUACAGCUGAACCGACAAUGCUCCUUCUAACUAUUUCCUUCUUUGUUAAUUCCUUUGUGAGGAGAAAAAUCUAUUUUUAUCUAAAUACAGCAGAGUACAUAAGAACAUAAGAACAUAAGAACGCAGGAGUCUGCAAGAGGCCGGUAGGCCUGUACGAGGCAGCUCCUUUGACCCUAAGCUCCCGUGUAUCUAACCCCACCUAAUAUCGCUGUUCAUGAAUUUAUCUAGUCUAUUUUUUUUUGUGACAAUUGUAUUGGCACUCACCACAUGACUGCUAAGCCUAUUCCACUCAUCCACCACCCUAUUAGUAAACCAAUUUUUGCCUAUGUCCCUGUUGAAUCUGAAUUUAUCCAGUUUAAACCCGUUACUUCGUGUCCUACCCGGUUCUCUUACCAACAAAACCUUAUGAAUGUCUCCCUUAUUA